CGGCAAUGUAAGGGAGAAGAGGAGGUAGAGAGUGAGAGAGAGGGAGAGGAAGAGAGAGGAUAAUGUUGCUAACGGUAAGAGACGCUUCUUGGAUUGUAAUCUCUCCAAAUCCGAAAAACUUCUCUCCAAAACCUCCAAACAGUAUUUGCAAAGCUACCCUCACAAUCCCUUCAAAACCCAGAAGUACCAGCUGGAAAAAAUUCAAUCUCCCUUUCCAGAAUAACAACAGAUGUAUUCAACAGACUGAUGGCUCGGGUUUUGAUCCUUUGGGUUUGGAUGUGGGAACAUCUCCAGGUCUUAGUGCUGCCUGGGAAACUAUUAUGAAUUUAUUUUCCCAAACAUUUGAAAGCACAUCAAGUACAAGGAAGGAGAAAGCUUCCGCUCGGGGAGUGGCAGCUGCAAUUGAAGAUAGUUCCAUUGACAUUGGUGACUUUUUCAAAGGCCCACUACCUGGGAAGUUUCUGAAGCUGUUAGGGUAUUUAGCGUUAUCUCGACUUGGAAUAUACAUACCUUUAGGUGGCGUCAACCGGGAUGCUUUCGUUGGCAAUUUGGAUCAGAACAGUCUGUUGAGCACUUUGGAUUCUUUUUCUGGUGGAGGCAUCGGCCGCCUGGGAAUAUGCUCUCUUGGUAUUGUUCCCUUUAUCAAUGCACAGAUUGUAUUUCAGCUACUUACACAGAUAUAUCCCAAGCUGCAAGACCUUCAAAAGAGAGAAGGUGAAGCAGGCAGGAAGAAAGUUCUUCAAUACACUCGCUACGCUUCUGUUGGGUUUGCAGUAGUACAGGCUAUUGGGCAAGUACUUUUUCUCCGUCCGUAUGUCAAUGACUUCAGUACAGAAUGGGUGUUGUCAUCAGUGACACUGUUGACACUCGGGUCAGUGUUUACAACUUACAUUGGUGAAAGGAUAUCUGACCUGAAACUUGGAAAUGGAACAUCUCUCCUGAUUUUCACAAGCAUUAUCUCCUACUUACCUGCAUCAUUUGGGAGAACAGCUGCAGAAGCAUUUCAGGAUGGAAACUACGUUGGACUUGCCACUAUUGUUGUUUCAUUCUUCCUAUUAGUUCUUGGAAUUGUAUACGUCCAGGAAGCUGAGAGGAAGAUCCCACUUAACUAUGCUUCAAGAUACACCAGUAAGAGUGGGGGGCUUCAAAAAUCUGCCUACCUUCCUUUCAAGGUGAAUAGUUCAGGAGUGAUGCCUAUCAUAUUUUCAACAUCAUCGUUGGCUCUUCCUGGCACUUUAGCUCGAUUCACUGGUGCAGCUGCUUUGAAACAGGCCGCAAUUGCUUUAAAUCCAGGAGGUUCUCUGUAUCUCCCUACAAACAUCUUAUUAAUAGCCUUCUUUAAUUACUACUAUACUUUUCUACAAUUGGACCCCGAUGAUGUGAGUGAGCAAUUGAAACGCCAAGGUGCGUCAAUCCCACUCGUCCGGCCUGGCAAAAGCACAGCUGCAUUCAUUAAAACAGUUCUUAGUCGGAUAUCUGUUCUGGGUUCUGCCUUCUUGGCAGUGUUGGCUGCCGGUCCUGCCGUGGUCGAACAGAUCACACACCUGACUGCAUUUCGUGGAUUUGCUGGCACAUCCGUUCUCAUUCUUGUUGGGUGCGCAACCGACACGGCAAGGAAAGUUCAAGCAGAAAUCAUAUCCCAAAAGUACAAGAACAUAGAGUUCUAUGAUAUUGAUUAUUGACCAGUAUGGCCCUUGAAAACUGAGUGAUCAGGCGGUUGUGAGUCUCUCUGAGUACCUGACAUAGGCUCGCUAUGUCAUUUGUAUUCAUUUGAUGCAGCAAGCCAUUUUCUUCUUCUGUACACCCAAGUAGCAGUAAGCUGUGCAGCUGCGGAUUGUAAUGUUCUCAUGAUCAACAGAAUCUGUAUCUUUGACAUUGCAUGCUGUGUACAUAACAUUGUAAGCAUGUCCAGGUCCCAAUGAUGAAGGGUAUUGAAAAUUUAUGGGCGGCCCACCUAUUAUCCAA